GGGGCGAGGACAUCCCCCCUCGUAACAGCUGAGAGAGCAAGAGAGAGAGAGCGACACCAUCGCCCAGCGCACAUCGCUGCCGUGCACAUUCAUCAGUUCCUCUCGCACGGGGGAUUGCGAACUCUCGCGCACGCACACAUACGACUGCGACAAGCCGGCAGGUGGGAGGUGUCUUCUCUCAAGCCAAUGAGCCACUGCUCACCCGGAACUACAUCUACUGCGGGUGUGGCCAUAGAGUGCCUUCUUACUCUUCCGCCUGUGGCUCUUGGACUCAGCUGAACCCUGCCACAGUCGUCAGCGUUGCCUCGCAGGGCCGCCAACGCCAUCCACUGCGCUACUGAUUCGCUGAAGUUGGGCCCCUCCCUCCCUGCCUGCCUCCUUUCUGUGCAGAUAAAGCCUGAUGUUAAGAAUGAUCAGAUCCAAUCAGCUGCUGUGAGCGGGAAGGAGCUCGGCGCUCUCGUUGUCUUCUCCACCACACCCUUCUGCUUCUCCUCCUCCUUUCCCCAGAGCCCUGCUUCUUCCCAUCAUGGGCCGACGCAAUCAAUAAUGCUGUAUCAUCCUCUCGUCUGAUAGUCGAGGUGAGGAGUGAGCCGAUAGUGAAGUAUCUGACCGCUAAAGGCUUCCUAUUUGAGGCAAGCGGGCCCUGAGGAUGGGCUACAGGUGGUAGAGCCUCUAGAGGCAUCCCUUGGCUCCAAUCCCGACAAAGACCUUCCGAGCCCACCUUCUCUCAUGUCAUUGACUUAUACGUCCUCAUUAGUAACACACAGGUGCGCUCAUAAUUGCAUUUUCGGGAUAUACAUUACUAUUCAUCAGCCCCCCUCCUCUGCUUCUGCUACUGCUGUGGCUCCUGCUCUAAAAUGGCGGUGAACGUGACGCCGAUCCGAGACACAAAGUGGCUGACUUUGGAGGUGUGUCGGGAGUUCCAGAGGGGGACGUGCUCACGGCCGGACAACGAGUGCAAGUUUGCCCACCCUGCCAAGAGCUGCCAAGUGGAAAACGGCCGAGUCAUCGCCUGUUUCGACUCGCUCAAGGGCCGCUGUUCCCGGGAGAACUGCAAGUAUCUACACCCCCCUCCCCACCUGAAGACGCAACUGGAGAUUAACGGAAGGAACAACCUCAUCCAUCAGAAAAACAUGGCCAUGCUGGCCCAGCAGAUGCACAUCGCAAACGCCAUGAUGCCUGGCACCCAGCUACAGCCCGUGCCCAUGUUUUCAGUCACACCCGGCCUGGCGGCCAACGCCAACGGAGGCGCGGCUGCGGCGUUCAACCCGUACCUCGGCCCCGUGUCGCCCGGCCUGAUGCCCGCCGAGAUCCUGCCCAGCGCCCCGGUACUGCUCACCAGCAACGCCAGCGUUCCCGUCCCCGUCGCCACCGCGGCUCAGAAACUGAUGAGGACGGAUAGACUGGAGGUAUGUCGGGAGUACCAGAGGGGCAACUGCACCCGUGGCGAGAACGACUGCCGUUUCGCGCACCCGUCCGACAGCACCAUGAUUGACACCAACGACAACACGGUGACUGUGUGCAUGGACUACAUCAAGGGCCGCUGCUCCCGGGAGAAGUGCAAGUACUUCCACCCGCCCGCUCACCUCCAGGCCAAAAUCAAAGCGGCCCAGCAUCAAGUCAACCAGGCGGCGGCUGCCGCAGCCAUGACUCAGUCGGCUGUCAAAUCACCGAAGCGGCCCCUCGAUGCAGCUUUUCAGCGGGGGCUCCCUCCCGUCCUGCCCCCCUUACCAAAGAGACCCACACUUGAAAAAGCCAACGGUGCCGCCACCAUGUUCAACGCUGGUGUAUUUCAGUACCAACAGGCCCUAGCCAACAUGCAGUUCCAGCAGCAGGCUGCCUUCAUCCCUUCGGGCUCAAUAUUGUGCAUGACGCCUGCAACAAGUGUUGUACCCAUGAUGCACGGUGCUACUCCGGCCAAUGUGUCCGCAGCCACCACAUCUGCCACAAGUGUUCCCUUUGCAAGCGCUUCGGCCAAUCAGAUUCCAAUAAUAUCUGCGGAGCAUCUGACUAGUCACAAAUAUGUGACACAGAUGUAGGAGCCUCAAUCACAACCGUGGAACUGGAGAGCAAAAAAAAAAAAAAAAAAAAAACAAAACAGCGAUUCAACAGACAAGAAUUUGACGAAUCCACACGUCAACAACGGAGAGUUUGCAGAAUUUGCUCCAGUCACUUCACGCACACUGCAUACACUUCAAGAGCGUCUUCUUUCUCCUCUCUGUGAAGGGAAGGCGCGUUUACCUUUAUUCACCAGGCUUACUUUGAAUGUGAAGCGAAUAUGACAAAGUGCUGUGUCCAUCGAGGCGGAGGAGGAAUGGCGGUCUCUUUUGUACGUUUCUUCAUUGGUUAUCUCAUAUGUUUACACAAAAGGUGCACCUUAUAUUUCAGUUGAAAGAGACGAAGAAGAAUCAGAUGAGGGUUGCUUUUUUUUUUUUUAUGUUCGUAUAAACCAACACACACAAAAAGGCCAUAUUUGUGCUAAUAUGCCAAUGGUACUGCAAUCACGCAAAGCAAUCGGCUUUCCCUUUAAGAUUUCAAGAUUCGUCUUUGUUCCAUCGUCAUGACCCAUCACUGCUGAUACGAAAAACUCAAGUCUUCUGCGUCAAGGUCAACAAAGAUGUAAAAACUAGUGCUGGCUGACGGGAUUUUUUUGAAGAUUUGGGGGGUUUCGACAGGUCGCCAAUGUAGUUGUGGUCUUGAGGCCGCAUGUGUUUAAGAAUAUUUGUUUGUCCGACUUUUCAGAUUUUUUGGGGGGGGUGAAAGUAUUUUUGCGUGACUGUUUUGUGGUUCAACUUAAGCAGGUACACACAUACAGACAAUGGAAUUUGAGCCUUUUACCUCACUUGCAAUCAAAGUCAGAAAAUGUCGGGCAUAAAUGAUUAUCCCAUGGUGUGCGGUGCGUUAAAAGUUAUUUUUCCCUGCUCCAAAAACCGCUCAAUCGUUACGGUGGCAAAUCCUUAGGCGCAUGUUCAACACAACGUACAUGAACAGAAAGAAUCUUGUACACUUACCAGUUCUGCCACUGAUUGUGAUGAGUUUUGCGUCACAUGUCUCAGAAGUCGUUCACCACAGUGAACAUGACAAGGAGAGAGUUUGAAACCACAAUGUAGUUUACCGGAUCAACCAGAUAGCCUAGCUGUGAUUUUCUAUUUCAUCUUCUUUCUUGGUUGAAUUUCUCUCCAGUCUGAAUGCCCUGUGACACCACGCUGCCUCUCACGGGUCAGUCUCGCUAGUGCCACCAACAUCAUUGGGGAACGUGACUCAACAAUUGUCACGUUUGAACAAUUGAGAUAUUAUGUGUGUGGUGUGUUAUGUUGGGUAUUUUUACUACACCAUACUCCAAAAGAAAAACAAGAAAAGAAAAACGAAAACGUUUUGUAUCUGGUCGUAUUUUGAAGCCGCCUUCAGGAUUCACCGUCGCUCUCUCGAACGUCUUCAGUCCGUUUGUGACUAUUAAACACAUGGCUAGCGCAUCGAAAGUGGCAAAAAAAAAUAAAAAUAACGAUUGUAUCCCUCAUCUGAAGCCUUAGAAUGUACCACCGGGUCAUCACAAUGCAACAUGCCAUUCAGAAGCCUGAUCCGUGCCAUGCCAAAACACUUUUGGAAUUCUCUUCAGUUCUAUUAAGGUGUAAGGCAUGUUCGAGUCUCUCUAUGUUCUGUCAUCUUUAUCUAGAAUUCUCUGUAGGUAUGUUUGGAUUUUUAGAUGGUAACAUUAGUAUUUUCUGGUAUGCAUAUGAAUCAUAUGCAUAUUCGCAUUCACUCCUGUAGUCUCUUUUGUUCUCUGAGCAAAGAUAUUUUUUACAAGUACAUAACACUCCUAAUAAAACAGAGAGGCCGAGUUGUCGCUAUUGCUUUAUGGUGGUAGGCGAUAACAGUUUAGCAUUUUCAUGAUUGUAAGGUUUGUAACUAGUCAUCUAAUUUAAACAAAUAUAUAUAUAUAAUUAUUGUUCUUGGAUGUUUUAGAUGUUAUUUUCUACUGUAUCCAUUUCAAAUAAUAUCUGUUUGGGUAUUUUUACUCUAGUUGGAAAUUGGGCCAUGAUGGAAAACAAGCUGUUUUUUUUUUUUUUCCAGUGGGGGGGGGGGUCCCGUGACAGGAAGUCCACACCCACUCAGCCAAUUGCAAACAAAAUGGAGGGUGGGGGGGAGCUCCCGAACAUAAAAAGGUUGACUCUUUGCACUUCUGUACAUAGUCAAAAAAAAGAGAGAAAACAUGUAUAUUGAGAUCAUAUUUUGAAUAAAAAAAAUGUCUAUAAUGACCGAGGGUUUUGUUAGGAUAACCACAAAAAAAAAAAUCGCUUGCAUCCAAAAGCCGCUGAGUUGUCAUUCUUUAGCCCCGGCCCCUUCAGGAACGGCUAAUGUCGCUCUUUUUUAAAUUUUUCUUUUUGAGGUUUUUUUUCCGUUUGUCCGCAGCUUGUAGUUUGCCCGGGAACUGAGGAGGGUGGGGGGGUCCACUACCCAACCCCCUCGCACUGUCAGGCCUGUAUGUGGAGGCCCAAACAGCAUAACACGUACUGUCUCUUUAACUGGGAGGCAAAUGCAUGUUAAACAUAUAAAUACAUGGAGAGAGAAAAAAAGUACUAAGACUAAAGAAGACAUGUUACGGAGAUAUAUGUAUUUACAAUAUUCAUACUAUGUAAUGGAAUAAGAUAUUUAUAGAAAAAAAUAUAGAAUAGUGGUUUAUUUAAAAAAAAUGAAGAAAAAAAAUCCUAAGGAUACAGCGUAGUCACCACUUGGAGAGACAUACAGCAAAUACUUCUCAAUAUGCUCUUCUGUUCGUGUAAGAUGUGCUUCUCUAGAAGCAUUUUGGGGUUUUGUUCACCAGACCGGAUUAUCUCUCACUUGCCAUCAUCGCGCAUGCUUAAAUAAAAGAAAAACAUUUUUCUCGUUUGUUUAUUUUUGUUUCUUUGUUUUGUUUCCUCUGCUCUUUGUGAUGUAUUAUGUCCUCUGCUGCUGUUUGUUUCUGCUUGUUUAACUGCGGCGUGCCCCCCACCCCGCCACCCCCCCCCUCCUUCUGCGUCAGUCAAGAGAUGGAAAAACUAGUCAAAAGCCAUAAAAUGUUCAAUAUGACUGACUGGAGGCGGGAUGAAGUCCACAAAUGUGUUUGUUUUCCCUGGGGGCCUGCAUUGCUAUAUAUGAUUUUUGCUGUUAUGGAUUUAAAAAAAAAUGUAAUAAAAAAAUACAAAGCAACAGCAUAAUUGACUUAAAUUAUUUGUACACGAAAAUUGACUUAAAUUAUUUGUACACGAAUUCUGGGUGAUGUUAUGUGUUGCUGUUCAUCUUGACCUGAGGCUGGUUGGAUCUCCUGUGUCAAAAGCGGCCUUGAGGAUCCAUCGGGAGUCGAAUGACUGUGAAGCACCGUCCAACCGCAAGAUGGCGCUGCCGCUUUGUCAGGUUAGGCUGAGUGCAGAUGAGCCAGUACCUGCUAAUACCCAACAUUGGAUGUCAUGAAAUUCAUUGUACUGUAUUAAGUUACAAUAAAUGAAAUAAUGUA